AUUACAAUCAAUGCACAAACUAUUGACGUGCUCAUUUGUCUCUCAAAUUUACAACGGGGUUUUUGUACUUGCUCUAUUGGUGUGUUGACCCUUCGACAAUAAAAUAGACUUGGGACAGUCAUUUUGUCGGGGUGAUAAGCUCAUUGGUCUAUCUGUGCUAACACUAAUGCGAAGUAACGACCGCCAGCUGCAUAUUUGAGUGUGUGGUUAGCUUCUAACCCAUCUCUAAAAUAAACCCAGUUAUGCAUUGCUAGAAUUCAGAUUUUUAUAGGGGCGGUCAAUAAUAACUUCCAAGGCAACGUGAAUGGGGUUCAUGAUCGCAGUCGUAACGUAAGCAUCAUUGACAUAGCUUAUCGUUCACAGAAACCCUGUUUGCGCUUGGCUGCUUACGUGGUUAUCGAUGUCGCAAAUACACACGAUUGGUAUUGCACCGUAGUGAAUAUAUUCACAUUUCUAGUUUUCUGGUGUCACCUCAAGUCUUCACUCGAGCAGGCGCGUUCUCAAUGGGACACGUUAAGGACGCGGUGGACGGAUGAUGACCUUUCACCUCGUUUACCGCUGUGCGGGUCAGCUAACCGGCCCUUGGCCUGUGUGGCUGUAGAUCUCUGUCCUCGCUAGCUGAGCUACCAGAGAUGCAUCAGAUGAUGAGACAGACCUGUAGAGACUAUGCAGACAGAGAACUGGCUCCUAUAGCUGGCAAAUUAGACAAGGAGCACCUCUUUCCCGCCCAACAGGUACUCACACCACUAAACAGGAGGUACACACACACUCUAACACAGUGGUAAUCAAAUUUUAUCAGCAGGGACCCCCAAAUCUAAUGACAUAACAAAUACCCCCAAAUCCAUUACAUUUUCAUCUCUCUUAUCAAAAUGAAAAUAAACUAAUACUCUACGUUUUUAUUUGUCAAAAUUUAACAAUGCAUUUCUCCUCCAUCAGCCGAAGAUGUAACGUGCGCUUCCCAAAACAUCACGCAAAGAGAACGUUCGCUAAGUGUGUCGUUGAUGCAUGUGCGGAUACUGAUUGGAUCGAAAGAGACAGCGCUGCUCUCGGGAGGUUGGAUGAUCUUUCUCCAUUGAAAUCUUACCUUAAUUAACAUUAGAAUGAUUCCACAAUACUGAUGACGGAUCAGCUGCUAAAAAGAUAUCAUCACUUUUAUGGCAGCAACUAUUGAGUCGGGUUAUUCUAAUGCUUACCCUAUAAUGCAAUAAAUCAAGAUGUGUGCACAUCAUUGCGCACAUGUUGAUACACACCGUGAAAAAUAGAGGCAAAAUGACAGACGGUAGCAUACAAUUAGCAAAAUAGAACUCAAUUGAAUGAACGUGACAUCUAUUUAAAUAUUAUUGAAAUAUAUAGGCCUGUCGCCUAUACUGUAGACUAAUUAUCUUUUUAAUGCAGUCAUUAAGUGAUUCACAAGUAUCAACCAAGGCGCAUCAAUAAGUACAUAUUCUAAUCUAAAGUAAGGGUUAGUGGCAAUCAGUGGCGACCUGUCAUUCAGGGCAGGUGGGGCUGUUUUGAGCCCCACAUUUUUAGCCCCAAAAAAUAUAUAUACAGGCUUGCCUGUUUUUCAUGUUAUUUUGGCAUUCAUACAAGUCACAUAGCAGUUUCCAAAAUGCAGGUGUUUCAGCCUCGCUCAGUGCUUUCUGUGGUGGUGGGGCAAGCCAGCAGAAAAUACAGAGCGAUGCGCCGCGAAAACUUGACUUCAGUGAGUUCAUGACAACUGGGAAGUCGGGAAUAAAGGAGCUCGGUCUGGGAAAAUACCUUUUGAACAGUCAUCCAACUCGGAAUUGUAAAUCCAGCCUCUUUCUAGAGCUACGAAGGUCAAUGACGUUCUCAUGAUUCAACCUUGUUUUUUUUUCCAAGUUCCCAGUUGUUUUGAAAGCACCAUAAAUCCAGAGAUUGACAGACUUUGAUGACAAAAUUUGCCAACAAAGACCCGCCGUGAAAACAGCAUAACAAGGAUUCCAAACAACCAUGCUGAUGAAGCUGGAAACAAUUAUCGAGAACCAGGUGGAACUGGCAAUUCAGAGACAGCCGCUGGAGCGCAAGACCUGCCAGACGAUGUCCUGCAUAGACCUUGUAGGACCAAGGAGGAGUUGGAGGACCUCUGCAGGAGUCUGAAGGAGGCCACCACAAGAUGGAAAGAGAUGAUCCAUUACUUCCGUUACCUGGGGGGACCUCAACACCAUGGUGCACAAGGUCAUCUGCAAAAUUUCUACCAAUGAUGUCCUCAAACACUACAGCUUGAGGGAGUAGGGAGAAGUGGUCCUUUCAGGACCUGGUGAUUUGCGGGUUAAUAACCUCAGAACAGUCUCAAUUUGUCAGCUUUCCACAGGGUUGCUGGCACAUGUUGACUCAAUGCUUCCUUCCCACGGUUGUGUCAAGUCGGCUGGAUGUCCUUUGGGUGGUGGACUAUUCUUGAUACACACGGGGAACUGUUGAGCGUGAGAACCCGAGCAGCGUAGCAGUUCUCGCGACAAACUGGUGCGUCUGGGACCAUACCCCGCUCAAAGGCACUUCAAUAUUUUGUCUUGUCCAUUCACCCUCUGAAGGACACACAUACAAACUCCAUGUCUCAAUUGUCUCAAGGCUUAAAAUUCCUUCUUUAACUUCUUUAAGUGGAUUUAACAAAUGACAUCAAUAAGGGAUCGUAGUUUUCAUCUGGAUUCACCUGGUCAGUCUGUCAUGGAAAGAGCAGGUGUUCAUAAUGUUUUGUGCACUGUGUGUAUACGUUGCAAAAUUCCAGGAACUUUGAAUCAUUUCCCUUGUUUUCCUGAAAUCCCGGUUGGACGAUUCCUGGAAUCAGUUGGGGAAAAAGCAGGAAAUCCAGAAGCCUCCAACCAGGAUUUCUGGGAAACCAGGGAAUUUAUAGAUUAUGUUUUUUGCAACCUUAUGUCUGUCUGGAUCUUUAGUACCCGUGCUAAAUUCUUAGUAGCAAAAUGUCUUAAUACACUACAAGGAUAUGUUUCAGCUUGCGCCUUCCUCAGUGUGUCUCCAGUUCUUACUCUUGCUUCCUGUGUGUCAACAACACCAGCUGUUUGCUGGUUAGCAAGAGCGUUGCUAUUGGUUUGGUUGAGAGGCAGGCAGCAACGAUCCUAUGAGGAGCCAGAACAGAUCCCUCUUCUUGUAGAAAGGUGAUGUACUCCUUGAGCGUUUCCUUUCUUUUGUACACUGCUCAGUAAAUGAAAUUAGGAGGUUGCCGAUUUCACAGAACAAAGCAGCAAGGAUUGUGCUUUGUGGAGAUAUGGUUAUUCUGUUGUAGUCAUGCGCAAUGCUCUUGGUUGGUCAUCAAUCAACAAGUUAAUCGAGAGAAAAAACACAUUUUAUUUCCUAACAUACACCAUUUAAAACUCUAUUCACAACAGUAUUCAGUUGGUAAGAGACAGUCAUUCAGUCAAUACUAGGAAUAGAUUGUCCACCAUCUGUGUUAUCCAGACAGAAAAGAGAAAUAGGCUAAAUAACAUUUAGAUUUAGAGCAAUAAAUAAAUUGAAUAAUUGACUGAGCAAACCAGAAACCUUUCAAUAUAUAAAUUCAAAUAAUACUUUGGAAACCAUUUAAAUAUAAUACAUAGGAAAGUUGUGCUGGACUAUGGUAGAUGAAUCAAUCUUUUUAGACUAUUUUAUUAUAUUAUAUAUUAAAUACUAUUAGUAUUUAUCUGGUCAAUAUGUGUCACGUUUGCUGGAAUAAAUGUCAGACCAAGGCGCAGCGGAUGUUGAGUUCCACAUUAUUUAUUAGAAAGUGAAACUAAGCAAAGACAAAAAGAAACAAACUAACAACGAACCGUGACAACAGCGAUGCUACGUGCACUAACUCAAAAACAAUAUCCCAUAAACACAGGUGGGGGAAAAACAGUUACUUAAAUAUGAUCCCCAAUUACAGACAACAGCUGCCUCUAAUUGGGAAUCAUACAAAUCACCAACAUAGAAAAUAAACUUAGAACACCACAUAGAAAUAAAUGAACUAGAUCACACCCAGUCACACCCUGACCCACUUCACCAUAGAGAAACAAUGGCUGUCUAUGGUCAGGGCGUGACAAUAUGUUAGUGUAUUAUGUCUGUAACAGUGUGUUAUAUGUGAUCGUAUUAUGAAUUGUAUUUGAAUGUUUAAGGACUCUUGGAAGAUCAGUCCAAAUGAGGAUAAAAAAAUAUCCUAAUAAAAUAAAAUCCAUGUGAGUGACCAUCUUCACAUAUCAAACUAGAUACAUGGGGGGUAUUUUCAGUUAGAGUUAGGAGCGUUUGACUUAUGGGGUCUAAGAGGGACCUGAAUCUACUGGUAUCAAGGGCUCUGACAGAUAUAUGGUUGAGCCUGAACAUUUCUUGGGGUCUGAUUUUCCUGGCUAAAUUCCCAAUCUGGCCCUCAAACCAUCACAGUCACCUAAUAAUCCCCAGUUUACAAUUGGCUCAUUCAUCCCCCUCCUCUACCCUGUAACUAUUCCCCAGGUCGUUGCUGCAAAUGAGAACGUGUUCUCAGUCAACUUACCUGGUAAAAUAACGGAUAAAUAAAAUUGAGACAUGGGCCAGGGUCUGGAUGAGGAUUAAUAUUGUCCUUCGUCCUCCUGUGUGUACUGUGUAUCCUAUCCUUAGGUUGCACGUUCGGUGUGUACAUGGAACGAGAGUUUGGGUUUUGUUUUAGCGUUCAGAUUUUUUCGUUGAGUCCAUCCUAGUGGGAGCUCUCACGUCACUCCUCUCCUCACUGCUUUUAAACAUGGAGGGCACCAGUGUUGGUAGAUAUUUGAUGUCCAGUUCAAGCUGCCUACUUUUCCUUUCUGUUUGUUUUCUCCCUCUUAUUCCUUCAACACACGUUUCUCCUCAAGAACAGGCGCACGCCAUCCCUGCCUUUAUCACCGUGAGUGCAGAGACUUAUGAUGAUGCAGGAUGAAGGCUUCCUCCUCCUCCAUCUUUUGAUUGCAGAAUUAGACGCACUGCCAUCACAACCAAUGUCACUGCUACACCGGAAGUAAUCAUUCUCGGUGCGCUUUCUGAGCUGCACAGUGUUCUUAAAUCCCGACCACAUACUGCCAAAAUGUCUCUUACAAAGUACUCCAACAGUCAGUGACACUACUUUGGCCCAGGUGGUGACCGUCUUUCCCCAUCAGGUUUCUGCUGAGGUUCUGCUCCCAGUCUGCUCUCUGACCAAUACAGCAUUCUCUCUCUCUCUUCACCUUUGUGUGUAUGUGACGUGAUUUGUGUUAUGUCCCGGUUCUCUACCUCAGGGGUUCAGCUCGGGACCCAAAUUAGGAAUUCACUGUCCUCCAACAACCCAAACGAAUAAGACAUAUUAUUAUAUUUGAUUCUAAAUGUAUCAACUUGCGACCCACCUCUCACAUACCCAGGGCCCACUUUGGGUCCUGACCCAUAGUUUGAGAAACCCUGCUUUACCUCCCUAAGUGUGCAACAAUGGCAACCUUCAUUAAAGCAUUGGAUUGAGUCAUGUUUUGUUUUUCCAUUUGGAUUUAAAACCUAGCAAAUGCAUAUGAUUUCAGGUUUUUCUGGUCAAAGCACAGAUAUGAUUUUUUUUUUAAAUAAGUUAAAUACCAAUGAACUACCAAUGCACAUUGCUAAACUUUUGGGAAAGACACAAUAUCCUUAAGAACCCGGAUAGUAGUAUUUAACUCAUUGAGAACUCCUUGUUUUACAGGUUGCAGAGAGGGUUGUGGAGUGAGCCCUUGACUCCCCUGUACCAUAGACGGUGUUCAGACAAGACAAUUGUGUGUGUGUGUGUGUGUGCCAAUCAGAAUUCAGAUUUUUUGAAUUGUUCACUAAAAUGAUUGCGUUAACUGUUAAAAUGUUUUGGUUCUUUUACUGAAGAUUCCGAAGCACACUUAUAAUAAACGGAACAGAUUGAUUUAAUGUUCUCCGUAGCACAUUACAUUAGACUAUUCUCUACAGUGUCUUCAGCCCAACUCUCUAAUACAUCAUUGAACUUUUACCGUCCUUCCAUCUCGUAAUCAAAUCACUUCAAUGCAGGAAUGGGAACCCCAUUGUCAUUUGUUAAUUCAAAUAACUCAACCCAAAUACAAGUAUGCCCAAAUAGAGAAGGAGGCCUUAGGGAUCAUAUUUGGGGUAAUGAAAUGCCAUGACUACCUAUAUGGUCGUAAGUUUACAUUGCUGACAGACCAUCAGCGACUUGUGAAAAUACUAGGACCAAAAACAAGAGUUCCAGCUCUAGCAGCAGCCAGACUCCAGAGGUGGGUGUUAAUACUAGUUGCAUAUCAGUAUUUUAUACAAUACAAGUCCUCUCAGCGGCAUGCUAAUGCAGAUGGGUUAUCUAGGCUUCCCAUGAAGAGGGGGCAGAGAGCAAUCCAAACUAUCGAGUGUCAUUUUUAGAUGUACUUCCCAUUUUAACGAAGGACAUAGCCAGGGAAACUACCAAGGACAAGGGUUUGGCUAAGGUGAAGCACUUCACACUUACAGGGUGGCCUAACCAUGUUACUGAUCCUGAACUAAAGCCUUAUUGGGUGAGAAUGGGAUGAGCUCACUGUAGAAAGUGACUGUGUUAUGGGGUGUGAGAGCGGUGGUGCCCUCUACAGAGGGAGCUACAUCAAAACCACUGGGGCAUGGUCAAAAUGAAAGCUCUUGCAUAUGGAGCCACUUUUGGUGGCCCAGGUUAGACUCAGACAGAAGACAUGGUGAAGAGAUGCCAGGUGUGUCAGUCUAAUAGAUAUAGGCCGAACCUUGCACCAGUGCAUCCUUGGAAAUGGCCUGAGAGGCCCUAGCAGCGUAUCCAUAUAGAUUUUGCUCUAAAGGGAAAGCACCGGUUGGUAGAGACACUCCGGGGAAUGUUCUCAGCCUACGGGUUAGUUGAGGAGUGGGUUUCAGACAAUUGGCCGCAGCUGGUGUCAAAAAAGUUGGAGACAUCCUUCCAGUUGAAUGGGGUGAAACACAUCGAGUCGGCUCCGUACGUGCCAUGCAGCUUCAAAUGGCGCAGCAGAGCGACUUGUACAGAAUCUAAAACGGCCACUAGAGAAGGACAAGUGAUCAGGAUGGUCUGUACAGCAUAGUGUGGACAACGUUCUGUUCGCCUACAGGAAUACGCCGCAUGCCACAACUGGAAAAACUCCAGCAGAGUUGUUCAUAAAAAGACAGUUUAGAACAAGGUUAUCAUUGGUUAAACCCAGGUUUUCAGCCCGGUUUUCAGCAAGCUAUUCAUUUUUUUCAGUCUGAACAAACAGCGCUUUCCGAGAUUACCGGGGAGGAGAGGAAAAAUGGCUACCUGGGAUUGGAAACUCGGUACUUGCAUGUAGUGCAGCCUGAGGGAAAAUUGUGUAAGAAGCAUGUGGAUCAAAGGGCCUUCCGCGUGGCGCAGUGGUUAAGGGCGCUAUGCGGCAGCGCCAGCUGUUGGUUGGAUGCGCGCUGUGUUAAGAAGCAGUGCGGCUUGGUUGGGUUGUGCAUCGGAGGACGCAUUACUUUCAACCUUCGUCUCUCCCGAGCCCAUACGGGAGUUGUAGCGAUGAGACAAGAUAGUAGCUACUAACAAUUGGAUACCACGAAAUUGGGGAUAUAAAAAGGGGGUAUAAAAUAUAAUUUAAAAAAAGAAGCAUGUGAAUCAAAUGAUGAUGCAACACAAUCAAAGAGAAGACCUGAAUGUGUCAGAGUGGAACAUUUCUGAUUGGGACUUGGGAACUACGACUGUGACAGUCACGCAUACAGAGACACAGAUUGUGCGAGGCCGUGAGCCUGAGGGCCCAGAGCGUCAUGCGAGGCCAGAGACACAGAUUGUGCCAGGCCGUGAGCCUGAGGGCCCAGAGCGUCAUGCGAGGCCAGAGACACAGAUUGUGCCAGGCCGUGAGCCUGAGGGCCCAGAGCGUCAUGCGAGGCCAGAGACACAGAUUGUGCCAGGCCGUGAGCCUGAGGGCCCAGAGCGUCAUGCGAGGCAGUGAGCCUGAGGGCCCAGAGCGUCAUGCGAGGCCCUGAGCCUGAGGGCCCAGAGCGUCAUGCGAGGCCAGAGACACAGAUUGUGCCAGGCCGUGAGCCUGAGGGCCCAGAGCGUCAUGCGAGGCCAGAGACACAGAUUGUGCCAGGCCGUGAGCCUGAGGGCCCAGAGCGUCAUGCGAGGCCAGAGACACAGAUUGUGCCAGGCCGUGAGCCUGAGGGCCCAGAGCGUCAUGCGAGGCCAGAUACACAGAUUGUGCCAGGCCGUGAGCCUGAGGGCCCAGAGCGUCAUGCGAGGCCAGAGACACAGAUUGUGCCAGGCCGUGAGCCUGAGGGCCCAGAGCGUCAUGCGAGGCCAGAGACACAGAUUGUGCCAGGCCGUGAGCGUCAUGCGAGGCCAGAGACACAGAUUGUGCCAGGCCGUGAGCCUGAGGGCCCAGAGCGUCAUGCGAGGCCAAAAAGGGUCAGAAGGCCUCCGGACCGAUUGGAUCUGUAAACAGGUUGUAUAUGAGUUGAUAAGUGAAACUGUUUUGGAAAACCCAUGAUGUUCAUCAAGGAUGUUUUCAGAGGAAGUGAGAAUUUCCGGGGAGAAGUGUGGUGUGUUGAGAAUUGUAUUUUGUGUUGAUGAGUUUAGAUGUAAAAAAUGGUUGCAAAUAGCCAAUGGGAUUUGUAUGCAGGGUUGAGUUAUUUGAAUUAACAAAUGACAAUGGGGUUUCCGGUCUUGCAAUGAAGUGAUUGGAAAACGAUUCACUGUAAGGUCUGUUGUAUACGGUACCGGAGCACCAAGUCGAGGUCCAAAAGGCUUCUUAACAGCUUCUACCCCCAAGCUGUAAGACUCCUGAACAGCUCAUCAAUGGGCUACCCAGACCCCUCUUUUACGUUGCUGCUACUCUGUUUAUAAUCUAUGCAUAGUCACUUUAACUCUCCCUACGGUGCCCCCGGUUCGUUUGAUUUGAUUUGAUUUUAAAUGUGUCUUGUGUCUUUCCUUACUACCCCACGACUCACGUUAAGAGGCUCAAGGCCAGCUGUGGUGCAAUUACAGUGCUAUCAGAAACUCACACCCCUUGACUUUUUCCAUCAUUUGUUGUGUUACAGCUUGAAUUUUACAUUGAUUAAAUUAAAUGUUUGUGCCACUGAUCUACACACACAAUACCCCACAAUGCCACAAUGUCAAAGUGGAUUUUUUGUUGUUGACAUUUUCACAAAUUAAUAAAACAUUUUAAACUGAAAUGUUUUCAAAUCAAAUUAAAUCUAAUCUAAUUUUAUUGUUCACAUACACAUGGUUAGCAGAUGUUAAUGCGACUGUCGCGAAAUGCGACGGCGCAGUAAUAUCUAACAAAUAAUCAAACAAUUCCCCAACAACUACCUUAUACACACAAGUGUAAAGGGAUGAAUUAGAAUAUGUACAUAUAAAUAUAUGGAUGAGCGAUGGCCGUGCGACAUAGGCAAGAUGCAGUAGAUGGUAUAGAGUACAGUAUAUACUGUACAUAUGAGAUGAGUAGUGUAUGGUAUGUAAACAUGAUAUAAAGUGACAUUGUUUAAAGUGACUAGUGAUACAGUUAUUACAUCCAAUUAUUAAUUAUUAAAGUGGCUAGAGAUUUGAGUCAGUAUGUUGGCAGCAGCCACUCAAUGUUAGUGGUGGCUGUUUAACAGUCUGAUGGCCUUGAGAUGGAAGCUGUUUUUCAGUCUCUCGGUCUCAGCUUUGAUGCACCUGUACUGACCUCGCCUUCUGGAUGAUAGAGGGGUGAACAGGCAGUGGUGGUUGUUGUCCUUGAUGAUCUUUUUGGCAUCCCUGUGAUGUAGGUGUCCUGGGGGGCAGGUAGUUUGCCACCGAUGAUGCGUUGUGCAGACCGCACUACCCUCUGGAGAGCCUUACGGUUGUAGGUGGAGCAGUUGCCAUAUCAGGCAGUGAUACAGCCCGACAGGAUGCUCUCAAUUGUUCAUCUGUAAAAGUUUGUGAGUGUUUUCGGUGACAAGACAAAAUUCUUCAGCUUCCUGAGGUUGAAGAGGCGCUGCUGCGCCUUCUUCACGAUGCUGUCUGUGUGGGUGGAACAUUUCACUUUGUCCGUGAUGUGUACACCGAGGAACUUAAAACUUUCCACCUUCUCCACUACUGUCCCAUCGAUGUGGAUAGGGGGGCGCUCCCUCUGCUGUUUCCUGAAGUCACCCCGCUAUCAUCCAAGUAUUCAACCCCCUUGUUAUGGCCUAAAUACAUUCAGGAGUAAACAUUUGCUUAACAAGUCAUACAAUAAGUUGUAUGGACUCUGUGUGCGAUGAUAUUGGUUAACAUGACUUUAAAACAGUUUCAGAGUUUAAUGCCUGUGAUAGGAGAAACUGAGGAUGGAUUAACAUUGUAGUCUGUACAGAAUCUGAAGGAAGUCUACAGAAAAUAAAUUAUUCCAAAACAUGCAUCCUGUUUGCAAUGAGGCACUAAAAUAAUACUGCAAAAAAAUGUGGCAAAGAAAUAUACUAUAUGUCCUGAAUACCAAGCAUUAUGUUUGGGGAAAAUCCAUAACAACACAUUACAUCAUAUUUUUAAGCUCGGUGGUGGCUGCAUGAUGUUAUGGGUAUGCUUGUCAUCGGUAAGGACUAGGGAGUUUUUUGUGGGGAUACAAAUAAAUGGAAUAGAGCUAAGCACAGGUAAAAUCCUAGCAGGAAACCUGGUACAGUCUGCUUUUCAAUAGACCCUGAGAGACAAAUUAAUCUUUUAGCAUGAUAAUAACCUAAAAUUCAAUGCCAAAUAUACACUGGAGUUGCUUACCAUAACUACAUUGAAUGUUUCUGAGUGGCAUAGUUACAGUUUUGACUUAAAUCAGCCUGAAAAUCUAUGUCAAGACUUGAAAAUGGCUGUCUAGCAAUGAUCAAUAACCAACUUGACAGAUCUUGAAGAUUUAAAAAAAAAAGCAAAUAUUGUACAAUUCAGGUGUGCAAAACUCUUAGAGAUUUAUCCAAAAAGACUGUAAUCGCUGCCAAAGGUCAUUCUAACAUGUAUUGACUCAGGGGGUUGAAUACUUAUCUAAUUAAGAUAUAUUAGUGUUUUAUUUUUCAUUAAUCUUCAAAAAAUAUAAUAAUUUUUCUUCCACUUUGACAUAUUUUGUUUACAUCAUUGAAAAAAAAGACAAUUACAUCCAUUUGAAUCCCAAUUUGUAACUCAACAAAAUGUGGAAAAAGUCAAGGGUGUGAAUACCUUUUGAAGGCAGUGUAUAUCACCCUCUCUCUCCCCUAUCCUCCCCCACUCUCCUUUCCCAGUCUCCCCCUCUAUGUUGUCUCCCCACUCUCCCCUCUUACCUGUCCAAGCACUCUCUUCCUAACGCUGACAGUCCCGCCCCUCCACACCUGGGCCACACCCGUCUCUGCUUCCCAAGUAACACACAGAUUGGUCCAAGGGCGGUGGUCUAUGUCUGUGAUGUACUUUGAUAACAGCCUAUAGGAGCGGAAGGACUGAGAGGAGGAAUGGGUGGAGAGGUAGUCCAUCCCACUGUUCCUUUCCAGUAACAGGUUCCAGUAGUUCCCCUGAGUGAGGCUGAAGAGAGUCAAGUCUUUUCCCUCCUCAGCCAUGUAACGCAGACACACAGUCAGAGCAGAGAGAGAGGGAGAGGGGGUGGUGUAGGGAUAUGAGGUGUAUGGAGAGGAGGGAGAAGAAGUGGGAGAGACCGCGUCUGUGUACAUGAUAAAUCCCCCGUCGUUCGACACUGUAAACAUUCGACCACGCAGGUCUGUGGUGGGAACUGGGGGCAGAGAAUCAAUCAAUCAACAAUCUGUCAGACAAUCCAUCAAUCAAUCCAAUAUUAUGUAUAGCACUACUAUAUAAGUAAUUUGUCACGGAACACUUCAAAGAACCCAGACCUAACGUCUUGUGUGUGUGGGUGUGUGCGUUCAGGUGCCCAGAUAACAGCAAACGUUCCCACAACAUUAGAGAACGUUCCCUUAAGAGUCGCAUUAGGUCAUUUACUAAUGUUUUCAUGUUAUGUUUCUAAGAUAUUGUUCCCGUAAUGUCAAAUAUAACCUACCCAGAACGUGGUUACCAUGUUCUCAGAACAUAAGGUACUAAUGUUCUAGACACGUUUCAUGGGAACAUUGCAAGAACAUUGAAAUGUCUAGUUUUCUGUGGGUUAGGAGAAUAUUCCAUCAACGUCCCACCAAGCAUACACAGAACAUGGCAACCAUGUUCUCAAAACAUUAGAUAUUAAUGUUCUAGACAUGUUUCAUGGGAAUGUGGCAAAAACAUUCAUGUGUAGGGUUAGGAGAAUAUUCCAUCAACUUACAUACAAAGAACAUGGUCUUAGAAUAUAAUAUAUUUUUGGUUCUAGACUAGUUUCCUGAGAAUGUCGCAAGUGUAUUCAGGUGUGUUUGCCGCGUCCACUAAUUGGCCACACCUGAUCUUAAUGAGUCCUUUGAAAUACGGUAUGAUUGAAUAGACUAAACAUGGUUUGCAUCUCACUGACGCCAUGCAACAAUAUAAAAGAAAUGUGUUUGCAUGAUUAAUGUCCAAUCAAAUACAUUUCCAUGUGUCCUAUCUGUGCUUGGAGUUCGAAACGAGUAAACUAAGCUAACAGAGUUAUUGAGUCUUAUUGGAACGUGUUCUCAGAACGUUAUUUAAUUACCUUCAAAUAACCAAUCAUUUUCAUUAUCAGAAUGUCAAUAAAACCUCAGAGGAAAACUUUCAGGGAAACAUAGAAAAACAUUCUCUGAACCUCCCUGCAACCUAAAAAUGUAAGUUCCCUAAUGUUCUCAGAAUGUUAAUUUUACGGUAACGGUCUGGAAACUUAUGGCUUCGUUCUCAGAACCAAUGGGAAACCAAAAACCUAUGUUCCCACAACUUCCAAGGAAUCACAUGUGCUACCUGGAGUGUGUGGGCAUAUUUGAAGAUGAUGUUGUUUGGUAUCUUGCCCCAGUUCGGCCCAAUGCCAACAGCAGCACGAGAGCAUUAACCUCUUGCCUCUUCUUGGGACGCUUGUGUCCCAACUAGAGCCCUGGAAAUGCAAAUGCGCUACGCUAAAUGCUAAUAGUAUUAGUUAAAACUCAAAAGUUCAUUAAAAUACACAUGCAGGGUAUCAAAUUAAAGCUACACUCGUUGUGAAUCCAGGCAACAAGUCAGAUUUUUAAAAUGCUUUUCGGCGACAGCAUGAGAAGCUAUUAUCUGAUAGCAUGCACCAAUACACUACAACAGAAAAGCACAGCAGGGGACGUAAACAAAAUAAUUAGCAUUUCGGCGUUACACAAACCGCACAAUAAAAUAGAAAACAGUCAUUACCUUUCACCAUCUUCUUUGUUGGCACUCCUAGAUGUCCCAUAAACACUAUUGGGUCUUUAUUUCGAUUAAAUCGGGCCAUAUAAAGCCAAGAUAUCGUUAUAUGUAGACUGUGUGAUAAACGAAAAAAACAGCGAUUUCACAACGUAACGUCAUUUUUUAAAAUGCAAAAAGUAGACGAUAAACUUUCACAAAACACUUCGAAAUACGUUUGUAAUGCUACUUUAGGUAUUAGUAAACGUUAAUAAGCGAUAAAAAUCAUCCAUAGGCGAUGUAGAAAUCAUUAGCUGUCGUCUUGGAAAAAAUUUCAGGAGAGAGCUCUUCCGGAAUGAUCUGGGCGGAGACCGGAGGUAAGUCGUGCCCCUCUUUCGGUUCAACCAAGAAUCAAAGAUGAUUCAAUUCACAAGACUCUAGACAACAUGGGGAUGCUGUGGGAGUUGAAUGCUCGGUCUUAUCUAAUUCGGCUCACUGUUAACAAUUGCUGGAAGUGGCGCAAGGAUAUUUAUUUCCAUUUUCUGUGAUCAGGUUUUCCUGCGCUUUCCGAUGUAACGCACGUUAUGUAAUAGCCACAGUCGUGAUUUAACCCGUUUUAAAAACGUCCGAGGGUUUCCUAUCCACACAUUCUAACCAUAUGAACGUACUAUAUUCCUGGCAUGAGUAGCAGGGCGCUGAAAUGUUGCGCGAUUUUUAACAAAAUGUUCAAAAAAGUAGUGGGUCGACUGAAGAGGUUAAGAAGAUUGGAAAUCAUCUUCUCGAGCCAGACACAGUGUGAGGAGUAUUAGAGAAGUAAAAUCAUAAGAGUGAGAAUGGUGUGGUGUCAUUUUUCUGCUUUACCAAAUGAGGAGAGUUACAAACUACACACCAGUCAGAGUUAUACUUAAACUACAUCUUUAAUCAUAAUUAAGCUUUGCAAUAGCCUUUGACUUUCAAUGAUGCGCUAUCUCUAAUGAACCAUUGAAAAGUGCCACCAGAAAAGUAUAAAGAUCUUUUAUAGCCAAGAUACACCCCUCUCAACCUACAUGACGAACCACAGAUCUUAGGAACUCUUCACAAAGGGACUUUUACUUGAGAAAGGAGUAACCCUUAGCCAGAUAGCAUUCGCUAUAAAUUAUCGCUCAGUUUGGUCUCUAAAACGAGGUUCUAAUCUCGUUCCUGGUACUUCAUAGUACAAAAACAUUACCUCAUCCAAGGCAUAACUCAAUUGUCAACUCUAGAUACUCCCAUUCUCAAGUAAACUCCCUCUCGACCCCACUCCUGGACAAGCUAACUGAGGGGAGUGAGCCUCUAGGACAUAUACUAUCCCAGGAUAAGUGCACAGACAUUGUGGAGACAAGUAAUUGGUUCCCCAUUAAUCACACCAUUCCUUCACAUGGUUUAGAAUAGGUAAAGACACAUUCACAUAUGAAGACAAUGUUUCCUCCUGUCCUCUUCCCUUUCUGAUAUUCUGCAUAGCACCAGGGACAUGUGAAAGGCAAACCUGACCUCUCCCCUCUCUGGGCCCCAAGUGACUGAGCCCUAGCUGAGGGAGAAGUGCAACUGCCAACACUAUAGUCGAAAAUGAUACAUUCUAAUGACAAGUAUCUCACAUAAGCAUAUUAUGCAAAUAAAACAUCGUAAUUAUCUAUGUUACCUAACUAAUUCUGAUUCAUCCGCCACAACGGCCCCAAUAGCAAAUAUGUAGGCCUAUGGGUUUAAUUUCCCAUUUACUGAAGAGUUUCAGUUCUGCAGAAAUGUCACUCUUACAGUAUGUUUUAGGCCGGCUGAAUUAGCCCCGUAGUCAUACAGCAACAAUACAGUAGGCUAAUAGGGCUAACUGUCACACUCUGAUCUGUUUCACCUGUCCUUGUGAUUGUCUCCUCUCCCCCCAGGUGUCACUUGUUUUCCCCAGUGUAUUUAUCCCUGUGUUUCCUGUCUCUUUGUGCCAGUUCGUCUUUUAUGUCCAAGUCAACCAGUGUGUUUUUCCUGUGCGCCUGCCUUCUCUAUUCUCUUUUUGCUAGUCCUCCUGGUUUUGACCCUUGCCUGUUUUUGGACUCUGAACUGGUUUUGACCUUUUGCCUGUCCACGACCAUUCUCUUCCCUACCCCCUUUUAUUUCAAUAAACAUCUCAGACUCCAA